AUGAAAAUUCAAGGUUAAGCUUAUAAAUAGAAAAUAUUAAGAUUGAAAUAAAUUAGAUCUAGAGAAAUUUCAGUAAUUGGACUUAAGUUUAAAACUAAAAUUGGUACUGAUAGAUUCAAGAUGAGUUAAGAAGUUGAAGCAUAGAGUAUUUAGCCAUUGAUUCAAGAUUUGAGGGAGAAUAACCACAAAGUGUAAAUCGAUGUUAUAAAGCAACAAAAUUUCUUGAUUGAUUAGCUGCAAUAGUCUUUAAAACUUUCUAGUUUAGAUAAAGAUAUUAUUAUUGAUGAAAGUAUGAUUAAAUAGCUGGCAGACAUAGUUAGUAAGUCAUUGAAAACAUCAGAUUAAAUAACAUGUCAGAAAUUUGAAAUGUAUAAAACUCCAAAAGAUGAAAUUUUACUGGAAAAGGAGUUUGCAAGAUUAAGAAAUAUUUAGUAGCAAGGCCAGGCAGUUGGCUGCUUCUUUAUAGAAAGUAGAUUAAAGAAAUUAAAGGGAAUAUGGGUGAUCCAAAAUCUAGAAAACAUUAAAGACUAGGAAUUCUUCUAAGAUUAUUUGCUUACUGAAGUUAGCGAAGUUAUGUUACCAAUGGAGCUAAAGAAAUUUUGGGUGAAGUAAGAUAACUCUCUACAUUAUGAAUUUCACAUAUACUCCUGA